AUGGAUGACGCCCAGGAAUUGUCGACAAAUUCUCAUCAUUCCGGCGGUUUGAAGAAGGUUUUCUCACGGUCGAAUCGGAGCCAGACGACACAUGAAACCGAGAGUACCCAGGGUUCCGCUCGAAGCAAUGACCGCUCAUCAGCCGACUCGACGCUAGACAAACGCCCAGCAACCGCCGGUGGUGGUGAGCUGACGGUGGAGGACUCGCCCAAUCGGUUAUCGAAACUUCUUACCUCUCGUAGGAAGAAGAAGAACAACAACAACAACAAAACUAUAGAAUCUAUCCCAUCUGCUGAUUCCUUGGUGGAGGGCGACGAUGACGAACCGGGUCCUUUUCCACCGCUACCCUCGGAGGAAUUUGUCCCUUCUGAAUCCCGUGGAAAUACUGCCGGCUUUAACCAGAGUAAUGUUAGCAUCAACCUGUUGACCGAUGAUUCGGAAACCGACCACACGCCUCCUCUGACGUCACAAGAUUCUCACGUUGGUUAUUUGACUACAUCGUCUCCAUUGAUAAAGACCACGCCAGUGGACGACACGGACGAUACUCGUUCGGCCUCUUCGACAUCGCCCUCGCGGCGCCAUAGCAUUUCUGCCCCAGAAGUCUCUUCCCCCGGCCAUCUUGGAUUCACGGCCACAAUAUCUGGCCCUCCAUCAGAUAGUUCCAGGAAACAAAGUGUCUCCCCCGGGAGACGAUUGAAAGAUGCAUUCAAGCCUUCACAGAGUAAGAAGAGCCCAGGUGUGAGCCCCGACCGAGAAUCAUCCCAAUCUAGCGAGAGUCAAGGAAGGAAAUCACAAAGUAUCUUCGCCAAUAGUCGGCGAAGCAGCCUGUCCGAGAGACGAGCUGGGAAGCGUUCGCAAAGCCCACCACCUCCGCUACCAAAGCCGAUCAUCGUUGACUCUGUUCCGCCCCCGAAACCCCAGUCACCUGCUAGUACAAGUUCUGUCAAAACACCUACCGCAAGAGAUGUUGCGAGAGUCGUAACUACUGUCACACCGCCUACACCAACUGAUUCCAGCAAUGGGUUUGCUCCUCAGCUGACAGAUUCACCGGAAUCUAUCAAGUCCAAAGGUGCAGAAUUCCCCCCUGGAACAGUGGUCAGUCCGUCGGGGAACAUGAUAUCUCACCGUCGCGUAAGAUCCGCCGGAGCUGUUUCUCAUCCUCCGAGCAAGCUAUCACAAUCGACAAUUCUGACGCCUAUGAUCGAAGAGACUAGGGCUAUGGGUUCUCGCUCGCCGUCAGGCGCCCAGAAUGGAUUUUUCUCUUCGGUACUUUCGGCGGCCCAGAAUGCUGCUUCCUCACUCAGCGGUAGUCUGGGUGGUCCAAAUAAAAACCGCAGUGUCACCUCGCCAACCGAUAUGGAUAAGGACCAGACUUCUACAGAUGUGAUUGCAGAGGGUGAAAAAGAAGCACAUGCGGAUCCAGCAUCGCAAGAUGCUAGCGAGGAUGCGAAAAGGGAACUCGCGGUCAACACUCUUGGUACUGGGGAUUUGGACUUUAGCCAUUUGGAUGUAGACUCCGCGGCUGGCGGUGUUGUGACAACAAAAGACGGAGUUGUGAUUACCAAACCCGACACGUCAACAGAUAGCCAAGCGACAAAGAGGGAUCAGAUGUCGGCUCGUAUUGAAGAUUUGCGAGCAGCUAGGGCCGUAUCAAUGGCAUACGAGAAACCAUCCGAGCUCGCAUCCACCCCUGCAGGAUCUACGCCGGAAGAGGGCGGUGAACAAAAGUCGAUUGGACUUCCCUUGACCAAACAAACCAGCGGAGAGCACACACCGCCAGGGGGGAGCACAAUUGAAGGCGAGACACCAAAUAGCUUGAGACGUACCGGAAGUGUGCGCAGCCGGCUAGCUCGCCGUCAUCGCCGUUCUUCAGGAGCGACCGGGUCCACUAUAGGUGCUAUCGGACUAAACGCAGUAUCACUGGGAUUGCCGAAUGGAAACUCAACGGCGCCACGUUUGACUGGUUUUGCUGUUGCAAGCAAAAAGCGCAACCGUGAAUACCACCAGCUCUUCCGAAGCGUCCCCGAGGACGAUUUUUUGAUAGAGGAUUAUAGCUGUGCGUUGCAGCGUGAUAUCAUCCUUGCUGGUCGAAUCUACAUAUCUGAAGGCCACAUUUGUUUCUCGAGCAACAUCCUGGGUUUUGUAACAACCUUAGUCAUCAGCUUUGAUGAGAUUGUCGCCAUUGAGAAGGAGAAUACCGCCAUGGUAUUUCCAAAUGCAAUCGCCAUUCAAACUCUACAUUCUCGACAUACCUUCCGCAGCUUGCUUAGCCGCGAAGCAACAUACGACUUGAUGGUCAACAUAUGGAAAAUCAAUCACCCUUCAUUACGAAGCUAUCUCAAUGGUAUGAGGAUCGACGAAGGUCUUGGUGACAAGACUGAGAAGGCCAACGAAAGCGAUGUUGCUAGUGAUUUGGAGGAUGAAGAUGAAAUUUACGAUGAGGACGAGGACAACGAGGACGACAGCUCAGAAGAUGGCGGUGAGGAUACCAUGACCGAAAACAAAAAUGCCGAAUCAGGUAAACAAGUGAGCCGAAAGGCUUCCGGUCUGACUACGAACGCACUGGGCCAGGGGGCAGCCUCAGCCCCCGCCCUAGCCACAUUGGAUGCAGGCGUCGCCGCGAAUUCUGGGUCUUCUGAAGGCAAUGGAAACGAGUUUCCUGGACCGUCUACACACCCCGCAACGGAAUACAAUGAUGCCGGAGGUCGGUAUGACAAAGUUGUCAAGGAAGAUAUUAUCCCUGCACCCCUGGGUAAGGUGUACAGUCUGGUAUUUGGGCCCGCGUCUGGAACCUUCAUGACCAAGUUUAUGGUGGAGGAUCAGAAAUCCCUCGAAUUGCAACUUGAAGACGACAAGAAAGGAUUGAACAAUGCGAACAAGUCUCGCCAGUACUCAUAUAUCAAGCCAUUGAAUGCACCCAUCGGCCCCAAGCAGACGAAAUGUAUCAGCAACGAAAUGCUUGAUCUACUCGAUCUAGAAAAGGCGGUCCUCGUGACUCUUUCAACCCAGACCCCUGACGUCCCUAGUGGCAACAUCUUCACGGUCAAAACGAAAUAUCUUUUCACCUGGGCAGCAAACAACCAAACCAAGUUUUUCAUGUCUUGCGCCAUCGAAUGGACAGGGAAGAGUUGGUUAAAAGGGCCAAUUGAAAAAGCGGCUAUCGAUGGCCAGAUGGGCUUCGGUAACGAUCUCGUGAGGGCUCUGAAAACGGCAGUACAAAGCCGUGCCGUUGGUGCAAAAGGCGCCAAAACAAAAGGUCGCCGUAAGAAAGGCGCCGUCGACGCAGGCGAAAAUGUGGCUGUGGCGGCUGCAGCUGCUAGCGCCGCUCUCGACGCCAACAAAAGGGAUCAUCAAGGAUGGGGUUUACUGGAACCUCUUCGCGGUCCGUUGCAACCGGUUGUGAGCAUUUUCAAUCCACUCUGGAGCGCUCAGGUUGCGAUUGGAAUCAUUGCAUUUUUGUUGUUCACCAUAUACUCCAAGGGCCUGACUGGGCCAUCAGUACUAUCAUCCGACAUGACUCGCCUCAAACUGACUCCUCCACAGCGCCUCGCUGCUUAUGAAGAGAUGUGGCGCGCCGAGGAGAACGAGCUGUGGAAAUGGCUCGAAGAUCGGGUAGGGCUGGAUGGGAUCAGCUUCCCGGGCAGCAGUCAGAACCAUGACUCCAAGCUACGGCCACAGAAACGUAGUCAAAAACCCUUUAGUCAAUAUCUGGCCUCAAAAAUUGACGAUGAACAAAUAUCGCAGCGUGAGAUGAACUAUGCGAUCGGCGUUGUUCGAGAUCGCCUCGAGAAACUUGAACAAGUGGUAGGCGAGCCAAAUGAUCAAGGUCCCCGAUAG